AUGUCUUCUGAGACAUUCCAAGCAGCAGAGGGGGUGGCCAGGUGCCCCCACCUCUCAGGCACACACUCAGGAAAAAGGAGCCUGGAGCAGGGGACCGCAGGGGACAAGGACCCCAAGGACCACCAGUGGAUCCGGCCCGAUACCCCGAGCAGGUGCUCCUGGAAGCUGGGCAGGCCCAUCUCGGAGUCUCCACAUCACCACACGGCCUUGGCAAAAUCACCCAAAAUCUUGCCAAAUAUCCUGAAGAAAAUUGGAGAUACCCCCAUGGUGAGGAUCAAUAAGAUCGGGAAGAACUUUGGCCUGAAGUGUGAGCUCCUGGCCAAGUGUGAGUUCUUCAACGCGGGCGGGAGCGUGAAGGACCGCAUCAGCCAGCGCAUGGUGGAGGAGGCGGAGCGCGCCGGCCUGCUGAAGCCCGGCGACACCAUCAUCGAGCCCACGUCCGGGAACACAGGCAUCGGGCUGGCCCUGGCGGCGGCGGUGAAGGGCUACCGCUGCAUCAUCGUGAUGCCCGAGAAGAUGAGCAUGGAGAAGGUAGACGUCCUGCGGGCCCUGGGCGCCGAGAUCGUGAGGACGCCCACCAACGCCAGGUUCGACUCCCCCGAGUCGCACGUGGGGGUGGCGUGGCGUCUGAAGAACGAGAUCCCCAAUUCUCACAUCCUGGACCAGUACCGCAACAUCAACAACCCCGUGGCUCACUACGACAGCACGGCCGAGGAGAUCCUGGAGCAGUGCGAUGGGAAGCUGGACAUGCUGGUGGCUUCGGCGGGCACCGGAGGCACCAUCACAGGCAUCGCCAGGAAGCUGAAGGAGAAGUGCCCUGGGUGCAAAAUCAUUGGGGUGGAUCCCGAAGGCUCCAUCCUCGCUGAGCCCGAGGAGCUGAACCGGACGGAGCUGACGGCCUACGAGGUGGAAGGGAUCGGCUACGACUUCAUCCCCACGGUGCUGGACCGGACGGUGGUGGACAAGUGGUUCAAGUGCAACGACGAGGAGUCCUUUGCCUUUGCCCGCAUGCUGAUUGCGCAGGAGGGACUGCUGUGCGGUGGCAGCUCGGGCAGCGCCAUGUCGGUGGCGGUGAAGGCGGCCCAGGAGCUGCGGGAGGGCCAGCGCUGCGUGGUGAUUCUGCCCGACUCUGUCCGCAACUACAUGUCCAAGUUCCUGAGUGACAGGUGGAUGCUGCAGAAGGGCUUCCUGAAGGAGGAGGGCCUCACGGUGAAGAAGCCCUGGUGGUGGCACCUCCAAGUCCAGGAGCUGAGCCUGUCCACUCCGCUGACGGUGCUGCCCACGGUCACCUGCAAGCACACCAUCGAGAUCCUCCGGGAGAAGGGCUUCGACCAGGUGCCCGUGGUCGAUGAAUCGGGAGUGAUCCUGGGGAUGGUGACUCUGGGGAACAUGCUGUCCAGCCUGCUUGCUGGGAAGGUGCAGCCAUCAGACCAAGUUCACAAAGUCAUCUACAAGCAGUUCAAGCAGAUCCGCCUGACUGACCCGCUGGGCAUGCUCUCGCGCAUCCUGGAGACAGACCACUUCGCCCUGGUGGUGCACGAGCAGAUCCAGUAUCACAGCCCUGAGAAGUCCAGCAAGAGGCAGAUGGUGUUCGGGGUCGUCACCGCCAUUGACCUGCUGAACUUCGUGGCUGCCCGGGAGCGGGACCAGAAGACAAAGUCAGCCAGUGCCUUGGAUUCCAGAGUCGUCCAGCCCUGA